AUGUUUGGCAAAUUCCUAAGUCACUCAUCAAGGUUCGUUAUGGAAGGCGUCAAGAAUUUGGUACCUAAAAAGCACAAUCUACCCGUUACAAAGGUGAGAGUUUUUAUUUUUGUUUUGGCUUUUAGAUAUAAAAUGUUUUUAAUUUGCUACGAAAAGUUGGAAAAGAGUAUGAUGGUGAAAUUUGACUAUGAAAGAGUGUUUUAGUUAGUGGCAGAACUUGUGGACACGAGGGAAACAGUGGGAGGACUAACCACUUCGGCACCGGUCGAUCCAAACGAAUUUUUGUUGUUCGAUCCGAAGUUACUGCAUGCCUCAAGCAAAGAGUGAGUUUUGGAUUAGAAAUGAGGUUUUUUUGGAUAUUGUAAGCUUUGGGUAGAAAAUGAAAUUUUUUAAAUUUAAGUUUUUAAAAUUCAAAAUUUUAGCCUAGUCCACGCCCGGCAAGGCCAAUUAGCACAGGAUGUCAUCGUAUUCGUAGUCGGCGGUGGAAACUACGUGGAGUACCAGAAUAUAGUCGAUUAUGCUAAACAAGCUGGAAUCCAACGAAUCACCUACGGAUCCAUCGAACUCGUCAACCCAGCCCAAUUCAUCGAACAACUGGCUCGACUGGGCGAAACACUGUGA